AUGUCCGGCGAAGAAGACAAAGAAGAAGCUCUUACGAGUUGUAUGCCCAAAGAAGUAGGCGAUUCCCCAAUUUCGGAUUCCGACAAGUUCGUAUACCAAAUUCUCAACGGUCCGAACGAACAAUGUCUGGAGAAUUUUCGAAUGGACAAGCCUGUCUUCUACAAGCUCUGCGACAUCCUCCAAACCAGAGGCUUAUUACGCCACACGAACCGAAUCAAGAUCGAGGAGCAGCUUGCGAUCUUCCUCUUCAUCGUCGGUCAUAAUCUUCGAACUCGAGCUGUUCAAGAGCUCUUCAGAUACUCUGGAGAGACGAUCAGCCGCCAUUUCAACAACGUGUUGAACGCCGUCAUGGCCAUCUCCAUGGACUUCUUUCAGUCCACUCCGAAUCCGAAUCCUUCCCUGGAGGACGAUCCUUAUUUCAAAGACUGUCUCGGAGUUAAGAAGGAAGGUGUGGUGGAUUCAUCGUCGUUCAUGUGCGAUGCAGGAAAGUACUACAUUGUGGACAGCAAGUACCAGAGUCUUCCAGGCUUUAUGGCGCCAUACCAUGGCGCAUCAGAGGAGAAUCAAGGAGAGACAGAGGGACAUGAAGAUGGCGAAGCGGGAGAUUCUUUAAGGUUAAGAGAUGAGAUCGCGUCUCAUCUCUGGAACCAUUAUCUCCAAAAUCUGUCUACCUUCUAA